AUGACACAGCCCGGCAAGCCGACCGCCGGGGUGCUUCAGAUCCCCGCGGCGGCCACCCAGAAAGCCGGCGCGCCAGCGAAGAAAGCCCCGAAGCCUCCGACACCCCGCCUGAAACUGCUGAUCCGUCGCUUGCCGCCGGGGCUGACGCAGACGGAACUGGAAAAUGCCCUCGGGCAAGACUGGAAAGUCGGUGGGGGCAAGGUAGACUGGCUGCAGUACAAGCCUGGCAAGGUGUCGAAAGAUCCUGCCAAACCAUCCCGUCCAUCCAGAGCAUACGUUCAUGUCACCUCCAACGAGCACAUCGCCCUAUUGUCCGAUUUGGUGCGCCAGACUUCAUUCCAAGAUGCUCGCAACACGACCCAUGAUCCAGUGCUACUGGGGCCUCCGUCGUUGGAGUUCUCUCCCUACGCCAAAACACCCGGGACUCGCGUGCGCAAGGAUGCUCGUCAGGGCACGAUUGACCAAGAUCCCGACUUUAUCGCUUUCCUCGAAAGCCUGACGCAGCCACUCACCAAACCGGCACUGGUGGAUUCGGCCGACAACGAUGACAGAAAGGAAACCGUGACGACCACGCCUCUUGUGCAAUAUAUCAAGGACAAAAAGGCGAGCAAGGCAAAAGAUGGCUCCUCCUCCAAGUCAUCCAAACGAGCAGACAAGGAGUCCAAGCAGGAGAAGGUCCAGCCCAAGAAGCUCCUCCAGCGAACUGAUAAAGAAAUUGCAGCCAACUUGUCUGACAGAAAGACCAAGGGCGAAAAGCCAAUUAAGGAAUCCAGCAAAGCAGCCAAGCAGGCAGCUGCUACCAAAACCGGAAAACAAAGUGCGUCCAACCCUUCGAAGGAGGCCUCAACCUCUGCUACGGAGAGAAAGAAGGAACGGGGCAAUGCCACCAUCGCCACCAAAAUUUUGCAGCGCGAUCUUGGACUGUCACCUUCACCUUCGCCCUCCGGAGGCCGGCGACGUGGUAAAGGUGGCACGUCCGAAAUAGGAUCGCCCAAGACCGAGGGCUCGCGCGAUUCCUCCGCGGCCGCAGCGGAGAGCAAGAAAGAAAGUCUUUCCAAGCCUCCUAAGGGUACACUUACGACAGCCCACUCGAACAAGGCAAAGGGCACCGACUCCAAGACAUCAGAUGCCGGCGUGUCUACGACGAGCAACACAAUACCAACUAAACCACCUAAAGCGGCCAAAUCGAAGCCGGCGCCUCCCUCGAAACCAGCCCCUGGGUCCACUCAGGCCUUCCUCAAGCACGCCAAUCCUUCUCAAGGUGUGACCGAAGCACUCUUGACGGCAGCGUUUACUUCGUUUGGCGCCAUAGCGAAAGUGGAAAUGGACAAGAAGAAAGGAUUCGGAUAUGUGGACUUUGUCGAGUCCGAGAGUCUCCAGAAGGCCAUGGCCGCCAGUCCCGUCCUUGUGGCGCAGAGUCAGGUUGUGGUUCUCGAGCGCAAGGCGAACCCCGGAGGCGAGAAGGCUCGAAAGGCGCGAGGCGGUUCGCAGCAACCCCAGGAGGGCAAGGAUGCCAAGGACGGAAAAGCGAAGACGGGUGACGGCAAUGCUCCUGGGGGAGGGACCGGGACGACGGGAUCUUCCCGAGGUUCUCGUGGAGCGCGUACAGGGCGCAAAGGCAAGGGUGAAGGCGGGAAAGGCGAGGGACCGAGGGCUACAGGUGCAGCUGCACCUGCAGCUGCCGGUGCCGGUGCCGGAGCAUCAGAGAAGACAGGCAGUGAAGCUAAAUAA